UUCACAAUCUGUUACUUUAUUUACGAUUUUUCUAAUUUUCUGCUGAUAGUAUUAAGUACAAAAUGUUUUGAAACAGGAAGUCUUGAUGUUAUUUUCUUGUUUUGAGAGCUCUGUUGUUUCGUCUUCUUUUGUUUAGCAGUGCACUGGAUAUGCUGCAACAAUCAGCAAUCGGGGGACAUCUACAGAGUAUACAGACAGCAGAUCCUACAGUUAACUUAAAUUGUUGAAUUUCCACCUGGCACUGGCACAGCAACUGGGACUUGGCCCAAUAAUAUCGUAUUAUUAGUUCGAAGUUUGAAGACGAAGGACUAGUUUGUUUGUUUUGUUAGUUCGCUCUGUGGAAUUUUGUUGAAGAAUGUUGAAAGUUUUGGAGUGGAUUAUUGCGGGGGUACUUACCUUGGCUGUGUGGCUGGCUGCUGUUUUGAAUGUCCAUUCCUGGAAGUUAUCUUCCUUUGGCACAAACGUCGUGUUAUAUUUUCCUGUGAUAGCUGUGUUGAUAUUUGGUCUGACAUCGGCUGCAAUUAUUGCGUAUCGGGUUUCCACGUUUCGUGAUUGUCCGGACGCUGCAAAAGAAUUACAACAGGAGAUCGAGGAAGCAAGAGCAGAUCUGAAACGGAAAGGACUGCGGUUGUGAAAUCAAUCUGAAGAUUGACGAUAUUCUGGAGCUUUUUGCUGAAUGAUGCGUGAUAUCAAUUUGUUGGACCUCUAAAUUCGGAGUACUUUAUUUGAACAUGGUUUGACAUAAAAAAUACUGACAACUA